UAAACUAUCUAGUAAUCGCCACAUGAGGUCGCGCCAGUCGGGUUUCUGCGCUUGUUGGUGAAGGGUGUGCGUGCUCUCGGCUCUAGAAUUUUCGUAUUUCGUUUUUAUUUUAUAAUUACAAUUUAAGUUAUCUUCGCUAUAUUGAAGUUUAUUUGAGUGAUCGCUAAGUGUUGUAAAGUUAAGUGUGUUUAUUAAUUUAUCGUAGUGUUUUAAGAUCUCUAACUCAUUCCAAAGGCAGCAUGUCUAAAACAGAGAAGUCAUUUCCGAGAAACUUCACAGGAUGUCUAACAUGCGUCCAAGUGUUAAACAUUAUGGUGCUCCUCGGCUUCAUGCUGAAUUACGCGCUACGAGUGAACCUGACCAUCGCCAUCGUCGAAAUGAUCAUACCGACCACCAACACUACCAAUGUUACCGACACGGCCAAUGUUACCGACAUGUUCAAUGUUACUGAGCAUCCGCACAGAGAGCAGACCCGUUACCAAUGGGACACGACACAGAAGAACAUGCUUCUCGGCUGCUUCUUCUGGGGCUACGUGCUGACAGAACUACCGGGAGGGCGGCUUGCCGAAAUCAUCGGGGCCAGACGUGUCUUCGGCUACAGCACCCUAUUAGCCAGCAUCCUCACCCUCUUAAGCCCUGCUGCUGCCGCUGCAGGCUUCGGAUGGAUUGUCGCCCUCCGAGUCCUCCUAGGCUUCCUACUAGGAGCUACAUGGCCCGCCAUCCUGCCUAUGGCUUCGAAGUGGAUCCCGCCAAUGGACAGAUCGAAGUUCAUGUCUAAUAUGAUGGCGUCUUCUCUCGGUGCGGCUAUUACGAUGCCGAUCUGCGGGUUCCUCAUCGCGCAUUUGGGUUGGGAAUCGUCCUUCUAUUUCACUGGGAUAAUCGGCCUUAUGUGGUCACUGGCGUGGUUCGCUGUUGUAUACGACACUCCCGCCGAGCAUCCCCGCAUAUCAGACACAGAGAGGAACUACCUCUUGAAAGUUCUUCCUCAGGACGAAAAUGCGACGAAAGGACACAUGCCGGUCCCCUGGUGCCAGAUGCUCACCUCCCCUCCCGUCUGGGCCAUCAUCAUCACGCACGGCUGCUCGGUCUUCGGAUACUUCACCGUCGUCAACCAGCUGCCUACUUAUAUUGAGAGCAUCCUUCAUUACAGCAUCAAACACAACGGUCUGCUAUCCUCCCUACCCUACCUGGGCAAGUACCUGUGCGCGCUAGCUUCCUCCGUGCUGGCUGACAGCCUUCGUCGAAGCGGCAGGCUGUCCACCACGUCAGCCAGGAAGCUGUUCACCGGCUUCGCUGUCGGAUUACCCGGAGUCCUGAUGGUCGCGCAAGCGUUCUUCGGCCACGACCGAGUAUGGUCGGUCGCCAUCUUCACCAUCGCGCUUACCAUCAACGGCGCCGUCACCGCCGGCUACCUCGGCAACGGGCUUGACAUCGCUCCAAACUUCAGCGGAACCAUUUUCGGGAUGGCGAACACGUUGUCUUCGCUCGGCGGGUGGCUGUCUACCUUCAUGGUCGGGGAACUUACCAAACAACAUAACACGUACGCCCAAUGGCAGAUAGUAUUCUUCAUCCUCGCGGGCGUGUACGUAGUAGGAGCGCUCAGUUUCAUCAUCUUCGGCUCCGGCGAGCUGCAGCCCUGGAACGCGCGCCAGCCAAUCAGGGAACAGGAACCCCUCAACGACACGGAGAAAACUGAGAAGGCGUAAGAAUAAGGUGUUUUAUAUACCAGU